AUGGCUGAGCAGCAGAAACCAGCUCCUAAGAAGAGCCCCAGGAAAUCCUUACCCAAAGGCGGGCAAGAAGCGCUGGAGGCUGAGGAAGAGAUUAACUCCAACUACAUCUACGAAGUGACGAAGCAGAUUCACCCCGACACCGGCAUCUCCCCCAAGGCCAUGAACAUCAUGAACUCCUUUUUGAACGAUAUUUUUGAGUGCAUCCCGGGUGAGGCUUCCCACCUGGCCCAUUACAACAAACCAUCAGCUCCUGGGAGAUCCAGACCAUCAUGCACCUGCUGCUGCCCAGGGGAGCUGGCCAAGCACGUUGUGUCAGUAGAAACAAAGGCGAUGACCAAGUACACCAGCUCCAAGUGA